ACCAAGGCACCUUUUGGGAGGAGAAAUCGCAAUUUGAAUGACGUAGGAUUUACUAACUUGUGCUUUACUAGCUGGGAAGAGUCUUGUCUAUGCCAGUCUCUUUGUCAAAGGUGCAACAAUAUCUGUGUGACAAAAUGCAUCCUAACCCCCCCCCCCCACAAUACUACAGCUAGUGAAAAUCCAAGACAGCAUGUGUUCCCAGCAGCUGCAUCAUAGUGUGUUAUGAGCUAUCAUGUGGCUUCUUCCAAUCAUGUGGAAAGUUUGUGCAUCAGCAGAAGGUAUUCGCAAAUCUAACAAGCAAAGGAUGAGAAAGUGCAAGGCUUCCUGUUAUGUGUGUGUGACAGCUGUAGAUAAGUGGGGAGGCCCAAACAGGAAAUCUGCCUUACUUCUGCAGCGUGACUUGUCUGAAGCUCAGGAACCAUCUUAGAUUGAAGUAUCAAUGGCAUGAUGUGCUGCUGCUGAUCAAAACAUGGGAGACAUGGUAAAGACGAACCUCGAGGAGGAACCUCUGUUACCUCUGGAAAACGAGUGUUCCAAGACCAUGGGAGAACUUGUGGAGGUCUCCAUCAAUGAAAGGCUUAAAUUUGAUGACACAGGCCUGUCCAUGGUCCUACAGAAUGGCUUGGAGAACCUCCGACUAGAAAACUCUCUCACAGAUGUAACCUUGUGUGUGGGCAGCAUGAAUUUCUCAUGUCACCGUGUGGUCCUUGCAGCAGCAAGCAAUUACUUUAGGGCAAUGUUUUGCAAUGAUUUAAAAGAAAAGUAUGAAGAAAAAAUAGUAAUUAAGGGAGUUGAUGCAGAGACAAUGCAGAUUCUGUUGGAUUACACAUAUACAAGCAAAGUGCUGAUCACUAAGGAAAAUGUACAGAAAAUCCUGGAAGCUGCCAGCCUUUUUCAGUUUUUGCGGAUGGUAGAAGCUUGUUCCAAUUUCCUCAAUGAAGCUCUUCACCCGGAAAACUGUGUUGGGAUUCUGAGACUUGCUGACGCUCAUUCACUUGAUAAACUGAAGCAGCAGGUCAAGAGCUACAUUAUCCAGAAUUUUACUCAAGUACUGAAUUAUGAUGAGUUUUUAGAGUUGCCGGCAGAUGUCUUGCAUUGUAUGCUAAAGAGUGAUGACCUUGGUGUCACCGAAGAAGCUCAAGUGUUUGAGACAGUUAUAAGCUGGGUGCAUUACAAGAAAGCAGAACGACUCCCACUCUUGUCUUAUGUUCUGGAAGGUGUCCGGCUGCCCCUUUUGGACCCUUGGUACUUUGUAGAGACUGUUGAGGCUGACCCACUCAUAAGGCAGUGCCCUGAUGUCUUUCCUUUGCUUCAAGAAGCCAGAAUGUACCAUUUGUCAGGGAACGAGAUAAUUUCAGAAAGAACAAAGCCCAGGAUGCAUGAAUUCCAGUCAGAGGUCUUUAUGAUCAUAGGUGGCUGCACAAAGGAUGAAAGAUUUGUAUCAGAAGUAACUUGCCUUGAUCCUCUAAGGCGUAGUCGUCUGGAAGUAGCAAAACUGCCAAACACAGAACAAGAAAUAGAGAGCGAAAAUAAAAAAUGGGUGGAAUUUGCUUGUGUUACAUUAAAAAAUGAACUCUACAUAUCAGGAGGAAAAGAGACACAGCAUGAAGUUUGGAAUAUAAUUCAUCCAUCAAACAAAUGGAUCCAGAUUGAAUAUUUGAAAGUUGGAAGAUGGAGACACAAAAUGGCCGUCUUGGGUGGCAAAGUAUAUGUGCUUGGUGGUUUUGAUGGUAUACAGCGAAUCAGCAGUGUGGAGACUUAUGAUUCUUUUCACAACUGUUGGUCAGAGGCAGCUCCUCUCACGAUCAGCGUGAGCUCAUUUGGGGCAGCCAGCUACAAGAGGAAACUCUAUGUGAUUGGAGGAGGACCCAAUGGGAAACUGGCCACUGAUAAAACACAGUGUUAUGACCCAGCAAUGAACAACUGGAGCUUAAAAGCCCCCAUGCCUGUUGAAGCAAAAUGUGUCAAUGCUACAAGUUUUCAUGACCAUAUCUACGUUGUCGGUGGGGCAAUGAGGGCAAUAUACUCUUACAGCCCACUCACAGACACAUGGUGCCUGAUAACACAGUUAAAUCAUGAACGAGCAAGUUGUGGAAUUGCCCCUUGCAACAACAAACUGUUUAUCACUGGAGGUCGGGAUGAGAAAAAUGAAGUCAUUGCCACAGUGUUAUGUUGGGAUGCUGAGACCCAGAAACUGACAGAGGAAUGUGUCCUUCCCCGUGGAGUCUCCCAUCAUGGAAGCGUCACUCUCCGGAAAUCCUACACAUAUAUCCGCAAAAUAGUGCCUGGAGCAGUCUCUGUCUAACUGUGGAGAAGACUCAGGAUAUGGGAAGAAGAGGAAGAGGAAGAAGUGAUCACAAAAUACCUCAUUUUUCCCAAGGAUAUAUAUAGGCUAAAUUGAGAUGAAGCCACCAAGCUGUCAGAAUCCUUGUGAGAAACCUUUUGUGUAAUUGUUCAGUUUCCUGUGGAACUGCAAAUGCCUUAAAUUAUGUUCAUAUCUGGACUAUGCUAUUUAUUGAUUGGAAGUAUCAACUAGUGAGAAAUUUAUUCAUCAGUUAGCUGUGAGUUGCAGUGUAUGUGUGAGUGCGCUUGUGUGUGCAUGUGAGUGCGCACACCACUUUGGAUUUUUUUAAAAAAAUUCUAGCUGCUUUAGAAGUUUCUUUUUUUAAUUCAAAGUAUAGAUAUGUUUUAAUUAAAUAAAGUUAAUGUUUGUCAUUUUGAAAGUCCUCUUUUCAUUUUGCAUCCACCUAAAAAUUUAAUAAUUGUUUGAUCACAAUAGCAAAUGAGAUCAAACCUUAAAUGGAUACCUUCUCUUCUUUAGGGAAAAAUAGAUUAUUAAAAGAAGGGAAAAG